AUGGCUUGUCCAUUGAAUGCAAACGAAGCAAGUUCUAUUAUAGUAGAUGUUCACUACGAGGGAAUAUUUUCCCCCAAACCUCUUGUUUACUUCCAACAUAUAAAAGCAUCAAUUCGAGAUGUCGAUUUUGGUGGAAUAGAAUUCAAGGAGUUCAUUUCUGUUUUUGAAAAAAUCACUAAGCGAAAGUGUACUGAUGUCUACUACUAUCUAGGGCAUAAGUCAUUAAGAGAUGAGUUAAGACCACUAACAUAUGAUGAUGAUUACACUAGGUUUCUUGAUGAUGCAAAUGGUAAUGGUGGAAGAUUAGUGUAUACGUUGAUCACUAGAACGAACCUCUAUUUGAAUGGAUUGAGGAAGAGAAAGCAGAAAAAGGUGUUGAUAGUGAAAGCUUUGAUGAAGAUACAAAUUCAGUCUUUUCUGAUGCUCUAUCUGUUGAUCUUGAACCCGAUAAAGAGGGUAUUUUUUAGAGUAUUAGCAGUUGGAAGAGACACUAACAACCAUAUCUACCCCAUUGCUUGGGCAGUAGUUGCAGUUAAGAACAAAACAACUUGGAAAUGGUUUUUAGACCUACUUCUUGAUGACAUUAACAUGGGAAAUGGAGCAGGAUUAACCAUAAUUUCUGACCAUCAUAAGGUAUUUGCUAUCGUGGCAUUAUAG